AAAAAAAAAAAAAAAAAAAAAAAAAUGGCUAUUGAAACCCGUCUUCCUCGAGUUGAAAUUGAAUUCUGCACAGGAUGUAAAUGGCAUCUUCGUGCAGGAUGGAUGGCUCAAGAGUUACUUUUGACGUUUGGAAACACCAUUGGAGAACUAGCACUGAUCCCUGGUAAAAGCGCAACCUUUAUCGUUAGAGUGAAUGGAGAGGUUGUGUUUGAUCGCAAGGAUCAUGGACGGUUCCCAGAGAUGAAGGAAGUUAAGCAGUUAGUGCGUGGAAUCAUUGCACCGGAGAUGGGUCUUGGACAUAGCGAUAGCGCAGUCAAAUCUGCGCAGACUUCAGAUUCACAGCCAGUGGCACCAGUAACAGCAACAACAUCAGCACCAGUACCAGCACUGGUGUCAACGUCAGAGACAGCGCAACAACAUGAACAAGCGAAAUCAACCUCUUCAAGGACUGUGGAUCCUGAUGACGAAGAUUCGACGGCACAUCCUUUUGAUUGCAAGACCUGUUUGUAGGGACAC